AUGACGCCGGACGUUAGUGUAUCGGUUCCCUGGCAACGGGUUGAUGGUAUGGGCCCGAAGCGGCUGCUGCUCCCGCUCCUGCUAUUGCUGCAGCCGUGGUGGGGGGUUGGGACCCCCAGCCCGACCGCGGGGAUCGGCACCGGCCCUGCCACCGACGCUGGUAGCCUCGGCACGACUCCGGGGGGAAGUUCGGGCCCCGGAAGCCCCAGCCCAGAGGGAGGCAGCUCCGCGAAGCCGGAGGCCAGCACGGUUCCAGUCGUCCGGGGAGACUCAUCCGCUCCCGAAGCCUGUUUGCCCACCUGUAUCUGCAAUCUGCAUUCUGGAUCCUGUGACAUAAACUGCUGCUGUGAUACCGACUGUAACCUUGGCUGUGAUCUGGAGGACCCAAGGGCUGCCUUCUCCUUCUGUCUUCCAGGCAGCACCAGAGUUGUGAGUCAAGUGUGCGUGGAGAAGUCUCUUAUUUUCAGAAAUAAUACCCCUCAUCACACUGAAAUCGUCACUGACCCCAGCGGAUCUGAGUCUUUGUUCUGUGUGCAGCUAAGUGAUUCAAAGUUGAACUAUUUCCAGCAGCCGCAAAAAGUUAAAAAAUCAGAUUUCUCUGUGUUCUUGGCACAGUAUGGCGGAUCAUCAUUCAUUCCACCAUCACAAGACCUGCCAUCUUCCUCUGCGUUUUACCGGGCUGGUGAUCCAAUCCAGACCUACUUUGCUGCAUCAUCUGUACUGAGCACACUAAGACAGCCAGUGGGAAUGAGUGCCAAUGGAUUUUGUAUUGAUGGGAAUCCUGCUGGUUUCCUGGAGAGUAAAAGCACAAGCUGUACUCGGACCUUCACCAACCUGAGCAGCAGCUGCACCACUGAUCCUACCCUGGACGCAGCCUCAUAUUACCGUGACUUCACUAUACUAAAGGUGCAUAUCGUCUUCCCCACCCUCAGCAGCUUCUUGUACUGUGAUUUGACAUCCUAUUCUCCUGACUUCAGCACUGUUUUGCCACUGCCUUUUCAGCUAAUUUAG